UAUUGUCGCCGUGUGUUUGGAAUUUUGGAGGACUAGAAUAUUAAUUCAAAAAGACGUAAUUUUAGGCAUGACGUUUUUUGGAGUAGUAGGUGCUUGGAAAGUUUCCUUUUUAUACGAACCUUCAUUAGAUCCUUCUCAAUCACUUACCAUCACAUUAUCUGAUUCUACAAGUACAUGAUCAUACUCAUCACAAAAAAGUACUUUCCUAGUAUUUUAUACUAAAUCCAAAAAAAAAAACAAAAAACUAGCUAGUGUGCUCGUACGUACGGCGAUAGUACUGAUCAGAUCAAAGGCCAGGCAAGUAUAUUAUAGCUAGGAUGAUGGAGGUGGAUCAUGAAGGUAAUGGAUCAGAAAUUCACGACAUUGAAGCUCAGGGGAGUUCGCCGCUGUUAAUGAAUGGUAAAUCUAGUUUGAUCAUGAGGAGGUCGGUGCUCAUUUUCCGAUCUACUUACAAGUUCAUUGAAGCUGGAGCAAGAAUAGCAUCUCUUUCUCGAGUGUCGUCGUCCUCCUCAUCCUCCAACACAACCUUUUAUACUCCUCUUCCCAGCUUUAAUCAUAAACAUGGAGAUGCGGAAGGUAGUGAAGAUGAAAUCCAGCUUGUUGAAAUUGUGGCAGCUUCACCUGAUAUUAUUACUUUAGAAUCAAACAAUGAUCUGAGUACUCAUCAGCAAUGCUUACAAAUUAGUGAAGAGAUUGUGAAGGAGAAGAAGUUGGAUUCGCUUCACAAUUUUGGAGGAGUCGAGGGGAGUAUUCAUGAUGCUGACAAAGGAAAUGACGUUUCUAGUCGUCACAGGCUGAUCUUCACAGAGUAUGGCCAAAACAUGAUUCGACAAUUCGUAUGCAAGGAACCAACUAUUUUGCUCCUUGCAAUUGCUGCAAUAUUGUCUUUUAUCUUUGGAAUCAAAGAAGAAGGUAUGCAGAAUGGUUGGUUUGAAGGAGCACUUUUGGUUGUGAUCAUAUUUGUGAUUGUUUUGUUUAAGUUUGCACGAAAUUGGUACGAAAGACGCCUUUGGAAGAGGCAAAAUGAUCGGAAAGCAAGGAAGAAUUACCAGCUGUUGAUUUCUGAAACGGACUCCAUUUUUUGUGCCUACAUUGAUAAGUUGAACAAUUACAUACAUAUUAGUGGGCUGUUGAUUGGCAUUUUGAUCUCUGUGGUGGUGUUUGUUCGCUUUAAAUUGGGCCAAAAAGAUGAUGAAAACGGAUACAGAUUGGAAAUCAAGGAAGAACCAGCUGAAAUUGCACGGAUAAUGAAUGCCGUGAAGAAGGUUUUAACAGAAUCAAAGGGAACCGUAAGAGUUCUGAUAACUUUACUUGGUGUCACACUGGUAGGGAUGACUGAAGGAAUACCAUUUCUUAUUUCACUUGCAAUGGCAUAUUGGUAUCCGAAUUUUGAUGUUAAGAUGGAAUCAGUCAGCACCAUCUGUAUAGAAAAUGUUAGCUGGUUGAAAGAGCCAAAAUUGAAAGUUACCCAAUUUUUUCUUGACAAAAAAGAUGUUACCAAGAUACCCUCGCGUGUCUGCAGAGUUCUCUCUGAUGGAAUUGGUUUGUCCGCUCUUUCUCAAACACCCUACCACAGAGUAGAAGAGCCAAUACUCUGUUGGGCAGAGAAGAACACGGGUAUGCAGAGAGACACUUUGGAUCAGCAGUUCAACAUAGUGAAGGACAAUGAUAAUGAGAUGAAUCCUUUUGAAGGAACUUGUGGAGUCGUCAUAGAGAAAAAUGGAGAUAAUAGGAAGGAGUACUAUUCACAUUUCAAGGGCCCGGCUGAUUCAAUAUUGUCAAUGUGUUCAAGUUACUAUGACAUGAAUGGUGAAGUGCAGGAUUUGGAUAACGAAACAAAGAGUGACAUUGCUCAAGCUCACAACAACAACGUGAACGUAGUUGCAUUUGCCUGCAAACGUACUCAGGUUGUUGAACUUGAUAAAAAUGGCCUAACAUUCAUUGGUAUGUUUGUCUUAGAAGAUACUUUCAAUCUAGACAACAUGAGGCAAGGAAUUGCGAUUCUGAAAGAAGGUGGAGUGAAGAUGAUAUUUGCCUCGGAAGAAGAUGUUGAAGUGCUCCGUUCCAUUGGUGAUGAAAUAGGAUUGCUCAACUCACAUGAUGCUCUAGUAGUUAGGGGCGAAGAUGCUACCAAGGAAAAUGUUGAGAAAAUUUGCAUUACGGGAAAUUCCUCUCCCGCAGACAAGCUUCAUUUAAUAGAGGGGUUAAAGAAAAGGGGUGAAGUGGUGGCUGUGGUGGGAGAACAAGCAUCUGAAAGUAAUGUGGUUCUUGAAGCAGCUCAUUUUGGCCUGCCCGUGGUGACUAACUGGCCUGAAACUAUGACUUACGUGAUUAACAGCAUCAAGGGAGGAAGAAUUGUUUGUGAGAAUCUGAGGCAAUUCAUCCAAGUUGAGGUAAUCUUGGCUAUCAGUAGCUUAUCAAUAAACUUCAUACUGGUUAUAGUAGACGGAGAUGCCCCGUUAACAAUCAUCCAGCUGGUAUGGGUUAACCUUCUUGUUACAUUUAUUGGAGGGCCAGCUUUGCUAAUUACUCAACAGUCCACAAGACAACUAAGGGAUGAGGUUUCUAUCAGACCAAGAAAACCGCCAAUUACCAAGGUUAUGUGGAGAAACAUAUUUUUUCAAGCUUCUUAUCAGACUGGCAUUUUUGUAUUCCUUCAAUACAGAGGAAAUGCACUACUGGACAUCACUCCAAAAGCUAACAGAUCUACAGUCUUUAACGGGUUCGCUUUAUGCCAGCUUUUUAACAUAUUCAGUGCAAGGGAUUUGGAGCAGAAGAAUUUCUUCAAAGGUCUUGGUCAAAAUUACUUGUUUUGGGCAUUGUCUGGGCUCUAUCUUGUGUUGCAGUUGGGAUUCAUUGAAGUAGAGGUUGUCAUUGUCUUUACCAACACAGCACGACUGAAUUGGAAACAAUGGGCUGAAUCCAUUAUAAUUGGAGCUGUUACAUGGUUGCUAGAUGUGAUAGUAAAAUGGGCAUCACAAUACAUAAAGAUGAAGAAAUAUUGUGACCGUGAAGUUCUUCACCUAGCUAGAAACUGGUUACAGUAUUGGUUUAUCAGAAUCAAUUGCUGUAACUGUGGACCAAGAAGUACACCAAACCCAACUCUUGCUUCCUUGGAUUCUUCAAGAUCCACUUGUGGAAAGGGCUGGAUAACAAAUAUCACACGUCGUGUGAAACCAACCAAACAUAGAGCUAGUAUUUUGAUAAAUUAAUCAAAUGUUGCAGGAGCUUCAAUGUUUAGUACAUAUUUUCCACUGCUUUUUAGAAGGGUUAGAUACAGCAACUGUAAAGUUGUCCCAUAUUACAGAUUCGAACAGUACUGAAAUCAGCUUUUGAUGCAUCAAGGUAGAUCGCCUACAUCACACCAUUUAUGGGUGUCAGGCCCCUUCCCAGAUCUAUGUAAAUACGGGAUGAUUAGUGCACUAGGCUGCCAUUUUUAGUCCGUAGGGCUAGUUAAUUUAUUUCAUCAA